UGCUACACCACACAAUCAAACCUUCUUGCAACAAUGUCUGGCCGUGUCCUCGUUGGAGUUAAGCGUGUCAUUGACUACGCCGUCAAGAUCCGCGUGAAACCGGACAACAGCGGCGUGGUGACGGAUGGCGUUAAGCACUCAAUGAACCCCUUCUGUGAGAUCGCUGUGGAGGAGGCGGUCAAGAUGAAGGAGAAGAAGCUUAUUAAGGAGGUUGUUGCUGUCAGCUGCGGGCCACAGCAAGCACAGGAAACCAUCCGUACUGCCCUGGCUAUGGGAGCAGAUCGUGGCAUUCAUGUGGAAGUGACUGGGAAAGACUACGAAACGUUGGGACCGCUGCAGGUCUCCAAGAUCAUGGCUGCUUUGGCCAAGAAGGAGGAUGCUCAACUCAUCAUCCUUGGCAAACAGGCCAUCGACGAUGACUGCAAUCAGACCGGCCAGAUGACAGCCGCCUUACUGGACUGGCCUCAGGGUACCUUCGCAUCAGAGGUGUCAAUGGAGGGAGACAAGGUUAAAGUGGUGAGAGAAAUUGAUGGCGGCCUGGAAACUAUUAGGAUCAACACACCGGCAGUGCUUACAGCCGACCUCCGACUCAACACCCCCAGAUAUGCCACCCUGCCUAAUAUCAUGAAAGCCAAGAAGAAGAAGAUCGCUAACGUGAAGCCUGCAGACUUGGGGCUGGACAUCACAUCACGGUUGGAGGUGAUUAGAGUGGAUGAGCCCCCACAGAGACUGGCAGGAGUGAAGGUGGAGACGGUGGAGGACCUGGUGGGCAAACUGAAGGAGGCGGGGACGAUAUAGAGGCGUUAAGAGCAUACGCAUGGGAGCACAGAACUUGGCAGAAGGGACUCUCUAAUGAAUAACUGGACUGUGUUGCACAAGCGCACCCGGAGGACUGGCUUAUGUUUCAGUCUAAUCCCUCUGUUCUUCAGACUGUGACUCCUGAGGAUAUGCAGGGAGGUACUGAGAACCACUGUCCUGCAGCAAACGAGCCCAACGGAAUCAUCUGGUCUUCAUUUUAACUUGAAUUCAUCUGUAUCAUAGGCCACUAAUCUGACUUGAGACAAGCAGUCUUUAUGCAAUAAUUAAAAACCCAGACCUCCAUCGCUAUCAUUCAAUGCUGCUGUUUGUAUCGCACUGUACAAAACCACGACGAUGCAUUUCACCAACGGCUACACGAACGCUGUUUUAAUCUUGUACAUCUGUAGUCACACAUGUUUAAGAGGGGCGAAAAUGAUAUAUGUAGAUAUGGACCCCGAACAUGAUGAUAUGAUUAUGUCCCUUAAGAUAAGUGUAAUGUCAGCUGUUAAUUUGUAUAGCUUGUGUGAGUCUAUCUGGGUUUUAGGACUGCGCAGACUGUGUCUCUCAGUAUGAUCAAACUUUUACCGUAAGCGCCUCAAUUCUCUGUUGAUUGUACAGAACAUUACCAUGACAAUAAAGCAGCCAGUCUUUUUCAUAUUUAAA